AGGAUAACGUCCAGCAAGUCAACACGCAGGAAAAAGAACAGAAAUAUGUCAGAAAAAAAGUCGCCGGAGAUCGUGGACUUGACGAUCGAUGUGACCCCUCAGAGACCGACGCGGAAAAGGAAAUCAAUGUAUAUCGACCUCACAACCCCGGACUCGGACCCUCCCUCGCAAGGUGCUCCGGCGGGAUCUGCCGGAGAUUCUCACCGACUUGAAGUGUUGUACGAAUCCCGGUCGACGCCAGUUCCGCCGAGUCGUCGCCAAGUACAGAAACAAGCAGCAGCUCAUGUUGACCUUGCAGCGGCCGAUGAUUCGGACAGCGAUCUCCCGAGCGUACACAUACCAGGAAAGCGGAGCAAGAACAAAGCUCCUGUGGACCCUCCCCUGAACAUUCCGUCGUGUUCAGUGUGCCUAGACACAGUCCCAGAGCUUCAGGCCAACAAUGUUGAUCUAAUAGUCAUGACGAGCUGCAGCCAUUUCUUCUGCAAGCCCUGUGCGGAUGCAUCGCUGAAGAUCUCCAAGAAGUGCCCGCGCUGUCGAGUAGCGGUGCGGGGCAAAUCACCCUACAAAAAGUUGUACUUCUAAGCUGCGUUUUCGGCACAAGCUCGAUCUCGGGUGAUAACGGACUAGUUGUCUGGAGCGAUCUGAUUGACAAAUGAUUGAUCAGGAACCAGAGCUGGGGUAGAGAAGUUCUUCUUCCUCCAGGAAUCGCUGCAUCAGCUGCUCUCUCCCCCGAGUUGGAGGCCCUGCGUUCUCGUUGUGUGAAAACUGCUUGGAGGAGCAUAUGAAGGCACUUUAUGCUCCAUUCUUGUACAUUCACAUCUCCAUAUUACGUUGCCAACGGACUCAGGUAUCAAGAUUCGAUGGAACGUAUCCCGAGAAUAGUCAAGUUCUGUACAUUUCUCUUCCCAAACUCACCUCUGGAUCGCGAGAAUAUCCCGGAACCAUUCUCCCUAUUCGAGCUAUGAUGAUGACACUAAAUCAAAAUAUUUACGAUAAGGUGAGGCCAACUGUAACGCCGAUAUGCGGUGGUAUCAAUUCGGAAAAAUAAAGUCAAUCAUGUACGCUAUGGA